AUGUUCACGGAGCGUCCCCUGUCGCAGGUCGAGGUCGUCGCUCAUCUUCUAGGAUAUCCAGCCGAAUUUUCCAAUGGCAGCGCCUGGGCGUACCUAAACACAUACCGCGCAUGGGUCACAGAUGAUCCCCUGGAUGAGUCGGUCGUCGUCGAAGAAGCAGGCCCCAGGAUCUCCGCGUCGAGGCAUAUCAGCACCGUGGAGAUCUCCUGCGAGGCCUAUGCCUACUUUGCCCACGACGAGGACUCGUGUCAUCGGAGGGCAACCGUGCAGCACUUUGUGCUAUUUGUACCAUGGGAGUUUUUCAUGUGCGAAGAAAUGGGCGACAUCAACAGCAUCUGGGCGCGGGCGCAAGAGGCGCUGGCUCCGAGAAUAUCAUGUCUCGACGACAUCGUGCCGAUAUCGUGCGGCUGGUUCGACGAUCAGCCGAAGACGCAAAACGCGACGCUAAGCAAUGGGCAUCCUCAUCCGGAGAUGCCUAUCCGACGGUCGCACACGUGGAAGGGCGGGACGGACGAGGCGGGCGCAGAAUCAACAGCGACGUAUCAGUCCAAACAGCAUCGGAAACGCAACGCAGCUGAUCGACGUCGUCCGAGGUGCACUGGACUCGAAUCAGGUGACGGCCAAGUCGCCGGAGCAAUGGCGAUGAUGCAACAGCUCUAUCGGUUCCAUCGAUCAGCGCUUUCCUCGACGGCCGAGCUGCAGGCCGCCGUGGUACAGUACUCGAACAAGGGGCGAGACGGAUAA